UGUCACGUAUGCGUAUUUGACAAAAAUGUAGCGCAGUGCGCAGUCAGUGAUUCAUUUUAUAAUAAGAAGGACGGAUUAAUAAGUAUUGAAAUGUUCCGGAAGGAUGAAUAGUUCAAAUAAGGGAUACUUGUUUGUUUUACCACAGCGAAAAGUAUGUUGGAAUGGCUGAAAACAAUAACCGGAGUGAACAGUGGUGGAGGGUUGCUUAUGGAUUAGUGCGUCUGAGAAAAGGAUUGGAUCAUUUUGUUGAUAGGAAGUCCCGUACACUGUACAACGACGUUUACAUAAGUGGAUUAACGUCUUCAGUAUGCAACACAUGUCAGAUCAAUAAACACUGCCACAGUGGUGCGAAUAUAAUACCUAAAUGUUACAACAACACUUUUUGUAAAAACAAAUUUUGCGAUUCCAUUUGCGAUAGGAUACUUUCAACUUACUAUCCGUAUCAGAAAACGCCUAUUUGGGCGAACACUGACUCCACAAAGUGGAGCGACCGAAAUAUUGGAUAUUGGGAAAUUGCAAAGUGCUUUUUUAAUACUCCGGGUUAUCUAGACAAGGAAGGACCAAACACAACGGAUGGUAGUGGACUUAUUAGCAUUUGUUUAAACAACAAGGGAAUACGUUCGUCCAUAUCAAACGUACUGGUAUUUGAAGAGGUGCGUGACAUACGUAAUAAGAUUAGUCAUACUGCUGAUUACAAGCUUGACAAACAGACAGCUGAUGAAUAUUUGGAGAAAAUGAUUGAGCUUUUAAACGAUGGUAGGGAAUUACGGAACGAUCCUUUCGCGAUUGUAAACCGCCGACAUCUACAGGAUAUAAAAGACGGAAAAAGUCAAUGCAGUCGGAAAACAUCUACUCGAAUGGAACUAGAAGUCUGUACUCAUAACUUGAAUAAUCUCGAGGAAGACGAAAAUUACAACAUGUUUGAUUUAAAUCAAAUGUCAGAUGAAAGAAUUCAGUUCACUGCAAUACUUGUAAAUAUGUUCUCGUGCCUAAAGGAGGAAAUGGAAAAAAGAACUGCUUUGAGGCUAAUGAAACAUAUUUUGCCGAGUGCUUUUAGCUACGACAUGGAUGAAGCCCAAUUGAUGUGUCGUAGACGUGUUGUUGAUGAUCUUUUGAAGCGGAUCAUUUUUUCGAGCUGUGAAACAGUAAAGGAACGAUUCAGACAACAACUUGCAAAAGACAAAGCGGGGUCUAAACUUGCAAAGAAGCUUGAAAAAUGCAAAAUUUCAAAUGAAAAAAUAACAGAGUUUCGAAAUCUGCAGAAAAGACGAACUCAGCAAAAUUUUGAAUAUAGCCAAUGCGUGCGUUAUAUAGCGCUUAUCAACCCAUUGACUGAUGUAGAUAUGAUUGCAGACAGACUCUUAUCAGCAUAUAUCAUUAACUUGGAGGAGCACAGCAACAUUGUACACGCGAAAGCCAAAGAAUUAAAACUUUAUAUGUUCAAAACAGCAAUCAGUCGAUGUGACAAAUGUGUUUUACCCUCAUUGAAGGAUAUAUGUUGGCAACUAGAGAUCCGAUGCAUUCUUUGUGAAGACGAAGAAAGAUCCGAAAGAGGUGACGAGGAGAAAUCAACAGUAGAAGCGGUCUUGCCAUCCCCAAAUGUAAACUGGUUUUCGAAUCUAGGUAUGUGCAUAAAGUCAACAGCUGAAGGAUCGAUUAUUUUGACGUUUGAUUAUACAGAUCCAUUCGCACUUGAUAAAUGUCUCCAAGAGUGUAAAAAUGGGAGUAUUGUCAAUUUUGUGAAAGACAUUUUCACGGAUGAAUCUGUGCUGAAGACAAUUCCAGAGGGAGAGCAUAACGUCCAUGUUGAAAUAAAGUCAACAGGCUCAAACGGUAUAACUGUCAUUCUCUCUGCAAGCUUCCUAAAUAGGAAAAACAUGUGCCACCAGCAUGACGAGAAAGUUCCGGAACAUGACGUUUACAUUUGCGAAGAGCUUGAAAUUACGACAGACUUGAUCUUGCAACUACAAGCCGAGCAUGUUCUUCCAGAAAACAUUUCCUUUGAAUUGUUUGACAAUAUUGAAGGGCGAAGGAAUACAAUACAUGACCUGCUAUGCAGGUGCAAUCGAUCAUUCGAUCACAGGCAGUUCUACGAGAUCAUUAGUAAACAAAACAGUCACGACAAAAAAAACAAUAAUCAACAAACACUGUUCACAAGCAGUUGCAAGAUAAUUAAACGAGGUGAUUCACUAGCUGUAGAACAAACGCUUGUCAGAAGACUUGCAACGAAAGAAGUAACACAGCAAACUGGACAACUCUUAGAGUCAAAAGCAAACACAAGAGACAUGCAAUCUCAGAUUUACACCGAUACCAAUAGAGAUUUGGAUGAAAACAGCAACAUAGUCGAGGACGUAAGAAAUGGUAUUGAGCAGUUUGAAAAUAUUUCCAAGGCUACGAUGAUUACAAUUUUUAAGGAAUAUGGAUACCUAGGUUUGCAAAAGGAACUACAGAAACGUUUAAACACUUGGAAAACAGUAAAACUGAAUAUUGCAGUCAUUGGGCGAGCUGGUGUUGGAAAAUCUACGUUCAUAAAUACAUUUUUAAAGAAUACAAAAACACGUACAGGGUCAGUGGAAACAACAAACGAAUACAAACAUUAUCAUCACAGUGAACUUGAUGCUUUGAUUGUUUGGAACAUUCCCGGGGUAGGAUCACCGUCUUUUCCACUAAACGGAUAUCUCGAAAAAAUCGGUUUCGACAGAUAUGACUUUUUUUUGUUAAUGCUAAGUGACAGGGUGUAUGGCGACGACUUAUGGUUAAUGAAUCAGAUAUUUGAAAAUAAGAAAAAGGCUUUCAUUAUUAGAACAAAAACAGAUCAAGCUCUAGCAAAUAGACUCUACGAUUAUCCUGGAAUGUCAGAAGAGAAAGUUUACGCCAAGUUAAAACAGAAUAUGGUUCAAGAAUUCAAAUCGGCAAACGUUGAGCAAUCACGCAUAUUUCGCAUAUGUGGACACGAUGACAACCUUUUUGAAUUCAAACAAUUAAUUACAACAAUUGUACGUGAAACACCUGAUUUGAAAAAAAGUGCAGUGACACUUUGCGUUACAACGGUGUCUGAUGAAAUAAUCACCGCAAAGGUAGCAGAACUUAGGAAGAGAAUAUACGAGAUAUCGUUAGUAGCCUCAUUAGGAGCCGCUAUACCAAUACCAGGUGCUGGUAUUCUCGUACAGGUGAGUUUGUUGUACGACGAAGCUGAGUUCUACAGAAAACAAUUAGGCACAGAUGAAAAUACAAUGAAGGAGAUUGCCAAAAGAUUAAACUGCCAUAUAGAAGAUCUACAGGUCAGGCUGAGCAUGAAAAUGCAUAUAAUAUUGCGCACAAAAACGGCUUUUGCAGCUUUUCUAGGGACACUUGUGGCAACAGAAGGGGUUGAAUCUCUUUUAAAAAUAGCAAUCCCUGUCAUUGGAAGCAUCAUUGCAGCAGGCGCCAAUUAUCCAUUGUGCGUUUACUCGCUUAGAAAAGUUCUAUCCGAUCUUGAGAAGGAAGCACGACACUUAAAUAAAUUUUUGGCAGAAUGGGUCGAAAGAGAAAGCCUGAUUUAAAGACUACAGCGUUUGGGAAUCGAACGUUAUAAUUUCUGUGUAGUGCACUGUUAUAACAAAACUCAAAUGCGUCGCACUCGGAACUGUUAAUGGUUUCAUACGCGUCAGAGAUAAGACACAGUUUCCAAAACGACAUAAAAAGCGACAUGGGUUUGUAACGAGACCAAACUCGAUUUUUGUUAAUAUAUAAAAGUAUUUACUUCAAAUAUCAACACACGUAAUACACAUAUAUUGUUUGAAUGGCAAUCAUAAAAUCUAGUAAAAUGCUAUAAUUUCAGUGAACGUUUUGCAGACAAAUGAAGAGAUAUAUAUAACAAUUGAACACAUUUGUUCAGAGAACAUGUUGC